AAAUAAGAGAUCUGCUGUUUUUUGUGGUGGUCUUUUGAUGUAAUAAUUAAUUGUCCAAUACUAUAAGGGCAAAAACUGCUUUGGAUUUGUGUUAUUAGGAAAGUCCUAAGUCAACUAAUUUGCAACAUUUGAUUGGGGACUUUGCUAAAAGGUACCAUUACUCAAAACAAACAAUGGGUUUAUUGAAAAGGUUAAUUUGUUAGAAAUCUGGAUUUGUUAAUGCAAAACGAGUACUUCAAUAUAUAUAUUUUAGAUUUUAUCUUUUUUCUUAUAAUAUUGUAAGAGACAUUUCUAUAAUUUUGUUCUAAAACCAUGAUGAAGUUUUACGAUCAUAUUAGACAAAAUGGGGUCUUGUGACCUUUAAAUCAUGUUAUAAUGUUGUUACCUUAUCAGAAAUAUUCCCGGACUUGUGUUUUGUUUGAUUAACAUGUGUUUGAAUAAAUCUUUGUUAUUAGUCUGUCUACAUCUCAAAAGCUUAAAAUGCUCUGUUCCACCUUGUGAUGUUGUUUAGUCGUAGUUUUCAGUUUAACAGUGACCUUUUACCUGGACUGAAAUGAUCCAUGAUUCUAGUGAAAAUGGCAUGGAGUUUAAAAACGCAGUGGAGUACUUCCUGCAUUUCCACAUGACAUCACAAGGUGGUGUUUUCGGUUUGAACUUGAACUUGAAGACCUUUAGCCUAAAUAUGCAGGAUUUGUGUGUCAAACAUGUGAAUGAAACAAAAUGCAUGGUAUGUUUUUGAUGCAAAAACAACCGUAUAACUUGGAUCAGAACGUAGUGUAAUAUAGACCUGUAAAGAAUGUGCUAAAAUGAGUAAAAGAUUUAUUUCAAGUCAUGAUGCUUUAACCUGUUCUACAGACCAGCUUGGUUUGAAUUUGUCACAUUUCUAUGUCGUAAAAAAUUGUGAAUUUAUUCAUUUAGAUUAUUUAGAUUGUCACGUGUACAUGUGCAUUGUUGUUACUGAUUAUAUGUUGAUUUACUUCCUUUGCCGUCACUGUCUGAGUUACUGUCUAAAUGUUUUACGGCCCCUCAACUCUGCUCUGUUUGGACCUUUGCCCUAUCCUGGCCUGUUAAAACUGGGGACGGGGCUGGAGAGGCAGAGGCUCAGUCUGCAGCGGGACACACAGCAUCUCCUCUUUCUCCUUAUCCUCUCUGCACCAUGACUACUUUCGAUGACAUCCUGGAGGAAGCAGGGAAGUUUGGCCCGUGCCAGAAACGCAUCUUCGCUCUGCUGUGUAUGGUGUCUAUGCCGUGGGCCGGGAUCUACGUGGGGAUAGUGUUCCAGGGCUUCACUCCUCCUCACUGGUGCAGACAGCCUGGGGUGGAGGAGCAGAGGCAGACCUGUGGAUGGACUCUUCAGGACAGUGUGAAGAGGAGCGUGCCUCUGCUAAAUGUGUCCGGGGAGCUCCAGCCCAGCUCCUGUCUGCAGUACGACGUGGAGCUGAACCAGAGCGCUCUGAGCUGUGAGCAGAGCCAGGACCUGAACCUGACUCACAGUCCCACAAUCAGCUGCCAACACGGCUGGGAGUAUGACUACGAGGGCCGCCGGUCUUUUGUCACUGAAUUUGAUCUGGUGUGUUCAGAUGCCUGGCUGGUGGACAUGUACCAGGCCACUCUCAAUGUGGGCUUUCUCAUUGGGAGCAUUGCUAUUGGAUACUUGGCUGACAGGUUUGGUCGUAAACUCUCUUUCCUGAUGUCCAACCUGCUGAAUGGGAUUACUGGAAUCUUGGUUGCCGUGGCGCCCAACUACACAUCUUUGCUGGUGUUCAGGACGCUGUAUGGCUUUGGCGUGAAAGGAGGCUGGGUGGCGGGAUACGUGCUCAUCACAGAGCUGGUGGGCGUAGAGUUCAGGCGCACAGUGGGGGUGCUGUACCAGAUGUUCUUCAGUGUGGGGAUCCUCCUCUUGCCUCUGCUCGCCUACUACAUCACAGACUGGCGCUGGCUGCAGGUGGUCAUCACCGUCCCGUACAUCCUCUUCCUCUCAUACUACUGGUUCAUCCCGGAGUCCCCAAGAUGGCUCCUCUCUCAGAACAAAAAGGACAAAGCUGUGGAAAUAACCGAAGCCAUGGCCAAGGAGAACAAGAUGACUUUGUCCAAGAAAAUCGAGACUUUGACGGACGAUAAUGCAGCAGCUGAUUCCACCACUGCCACCUUCAUGGACCUCAUCCGAACGCCUAAAAUGAGAAAACACACUUUUAUUCUCAGCUACAACUGGUUUACCAGUGCAGUGGUGUACCAGGGCCUGAUCAUGAGGCUGGGGAUUUUAGGAGGAAACGUGUACAUAGACUUCCUGAUCUCUGGUCUGGUGGAAUUCCCUGCGGCCUUCCUCAUUAUCUUCACCAUCGAGAGGAUUGGCCGAAGACUCCCAUUUGCUACAGCCAACUUUGUGGCAGGAGCGUCCUGUUUUAUCACUGUCUGUAUUCCUGACAGUAUGUUCUGGUUCAAAACAGCUGUGGCUUGCAUUGGUCGCCUCUGCAUUACUAUUACCUUUGAGAUGGUAGUUUUUGUGAACACAGAGCUCUACCCCACAUUUGUCAGGAACUUUGGUGUGUCUGUGUGCUCCACCCUCUGUGACGUUGGGGGCAUCGUGGCUCCGUUCCUGCUCUACAGAUUAGCUGUGAUUUGGCUCGAGUUGCCCCUCAUCAUUUUUGGCUCCCUCGCGAUCCUGGCUGGUGCUUUGGUCUUGCUCCUUCCUGAAACUAGAGGGGUCCCACUUCCGGACACCAUAGAGGAUAUAGAAUUCCCAGAGAGGAUGAAGGAGAAAGAGACGAAUGGACAUCUGUUCAACCUGCUCCCCACCAAUGAUGUGACAAACAACAAGAACCCUGCAGUAGUUUAGUCUCAGUUUAAAGCCAUUAAACCCUGUGCCAGUAACCUGUGUUUUUAAAAUCAAAAGAUGGUUUAAAACUCCAAGCCAGUUUGUAAUCCAAAUGCAGAAGAUCACAGGGCUACCUUUUUCAAAGCUUUAUACUGGCCCUAUUUGCUGUCAAUGUUAAAUAGUGCAAGUGAAAUUAUUAUGAGCAGAUAUGUAUGUAUGUAGGCCUGUAUGUUGUUAUAGCUGCUAGUUCCUGUGUCAUUUCUUCAUUUCAGUUUUUUUUUUUUUUUUCAAAAUUUAAAUCCAAUAAUGUACCUGAUGCUGUCCUUUGUGUCACCACACAUGUACACACACGUACACACACACACACACACACACACACACACACGCACACACACACACACACACACACACACGCACACACACAC